AUGGCUGUAACGAAGACGGCCGUGUCAAAGAAUACUCAGCAGAAGAAGGCCUCGCGCGUGAAGGCCCAGCAUGCAAACGCUCCACCGAAGAAGGCAUCUAGGAAGAAGGCUAGCAAGACGAAUGACUCGCAGAAAUCGGCCCCAUCAAAGGCAUCUAAGCCCAAGCAAACCCAGCAGAAGUCCAAAGCGGCCAACCUCACAGACAGAGGCGCCAGCAGCAGAACGAGUGACGGCGAAGACGUCUCGGGAGAGACGGAGAUGCAGGCACCGAGCAAGUACGCGCACACGACGCGCAUCCAACUCGAUGGGAUGAUCCGCUGGAUGGAGAAGCCAAGCAAUCGCGCCAUCUAUCUUGGCGAGUCAACAGCUGGAAAGGGCAUGACCCAUGGAGCUGGGGUGACGAAGCUGUCUGGUUUUGCUAGCAUGGCGGAGUAUGUUCACAACUACGCGAUGAAGAACGACCUGCGGACCCUCGACACACGAGCAAAUGGGGCGCGGCACUGA